AUGCGAUGCGCGAGCAAGGCCGCCGAGAGCGCGUCCGCACGUCUCUGUGCUGACGCCGAAGCAGAAACCACAGCAACUGAUGUCUUAUCGGUUGCUGAAGCGACCCAGCCUGUGUCACUUGGUGAUGCAGGCGCUGGUCAUGAAGACACUCGUGUCUUCACAGAGUACGAGCUCGGUGUCUCGUACUCUCCUGAUAAGGAAGAAGGAUCCGUAUCGACGGCGAUCGAAUCCAAGCCGCCUGCCAAGCGUGGCAUGGAUGAUGCUUUGCGUCGUAGCAUCUUGGGUUCAUCUGAUUCAUCAGAUGAACCAUCGCCGAAGCGUAGGCGCUCGAGGUGGCGAGACUCGGGCGCUAAUAGUGGUGUCGGUUCUCCUGUUGACACCACUUCACAGCGAGGUGCCAGUACUUCUGUCGGCACAUCGCAGGAAGAGCGGGACCGCAAUGUCUUGCGUCCCGCUCCCGAAAAGAAGGCAUGGAUGCCUUUAAAAUCAGUCAUGGAUCACUUGUCGGCGACGACGAGUGAUCGUUAUCGAACACGGUUGUUCGAUUCGUCAAGGAUCCAUCACCUUGACCCCAGCGCGAAAAACUAUCGCGCUGAGAAUGAAUUCUUCAUCGAUGCUUUCUUUAGACAUCGAUGGUACAGUGGGAAUCACAAACCUGAUGGUCCCUCACUGCUUCAAGCGUGGAACGCUUACAUCCAUAACCUUGAGGAUGUAGGUCGUGACGCUUGGAACGACAAACUUAUCAAAGCUCGUGAUAAGUUUGAAAAGCGAACCCCGACAGGUGCACGCUACAAGCUGCAUAGUCUGUAA